GAGUUUGAGGUCUGCAUAUUAUUAACAUGUUAUUAUUGGAGGUGUUUAGAUAUUGAUCCUGUAUUUCGUGUUAGUUACAAACUCGCGUCUUGGACAACCAGUUAAUACAGAACUAUAGAUACGUACAAGAGGAAAACCGAAGAAAAUGCCGAAAAGAAAGUCUCCAGAGGGUGCUGAAGGCAAAGAUCCUACUAAAGUGAUCAAGCAGGAGCCCACGAGAAGAUCUCAGAGGCUGUCUGAGAAACCGGCUCCACCCAAACCUGAGGCAAAGACCAAGAAGCCAGCCGCUAAGAAACCAGCAGACGACAAGGCUGUGAAGGGCAAGAAAGGAGGGAAGGGGAAGAAGGAGGUGAAGCCAGAGGACGUGCCAGCAGAGAAUGGGGAGGCUAAAACCGACGAGAUCUGCGUCUCUCGCUCCUCUGUUAGCGUGUGCGCCUCUCGGAGUGCGUGCCCCGCCUCGCUGUGGGUCAGAGGGCAGAGUGAGACAGUGAGAGUGAAGGGUAGGGCCUCACAGAGUUCCCAGUGUGCUGUGCUUUGAGGCUUUGAAACUGUGAGUGAGUGUGUGUGUGUCUGUGUGUGUGUUCCUGUCGCCCUGCUGAGUAGUUUCCAGGUAAGCUUUGUUUAGUCAUUAUUAUGUAGAUGCAUUUUGUUUGCAUGUCAUUGGGGGGGAGGGGUUUGCGAGUGCUGUGGUUUCACUGGGGAUAAGCUCUGGGAUUACUGGGAGCAGUCUCCAGAGGGUUACAGGCUUUGAAAUGUCUCCACUGAAACACCAACCUGCUCUGCAUGACAUGAGUCUAACAAACGAUGACAUGGUUCGUCAGCCGGUCAGGUUAGGGAAAAUGGACAUACUUGCACGUGGUCAGUUAUGACGCUUAGUUUAAUUUGUUUCAUCGCUCUGUGUUUUACCGCCGUAUAAAAGGCACCAAACAUUCCUGUAGUAUUUUUGGAUGUUUAUAACAGCUCACACAUUCUGUUCUCGAUUGGCCAGUGCAUGAUUGUGUUUGAUUAGUUUGCUAAUACUUUGGGGGUGAACAUACAUAUGCCUCAGGAUUUAAGAAGAAACACUGGAGAUGGUCUCGUGGCUAAAAUGGCAGGAGGAAGUCCUUCAAACUAAUGACAACCUCUGUAUAGCUGGUUGUCUGUUAUGGGAUAUGAUGCAUCUUCUGUGUAAGUCACAUGUUCGCAGCCUGGUCCUUGCAGAGCCCCAGACAAUCCAUGUUUCUGCUUAAUGGGAGCUAGGAGGGAGCAAAAACGUGGCCCGUCUUGGUUUCCCCGAAGACCGGAUUGGGCAACACUGCCUUAGAGUAGUGUUUCCCAACCUGGUCCUCAGGGACCCACAUCCGGUCCAUGUUUUGCUCCCUCCAAGCCCCCUAUUAGAUAAUCUACAUUUUUGUUCCCUGGACGGGAGCAAAAACACAGACUGACUGUGGGUCCCCGGGGACCGGAUUGGAAAGCACUGCCUUAGAGAAUCAGAAUUGAAUUAUAGGGAGACCUGCUUCGGCAUUGUGGUAGUGGCAGCAGAUAUUCCUGACAUGCAGAGCAGCGCUGGGAGCACAUGGCGAAAAUGCGGUUACCUCCAAGUCUUGUCUUUUUGUAUAACACCCUGACCCCCCCUCCCAUU